AUGGUGCAGUAUUUUGGGCUGUGCCUUUGGGGAGUCGGGGGGACACAAAGGCCGCAGGCGGGCAGCGCUGACGUCUCGGCGCUCUCUGCCCGCUGCGUCUCCCUGCUGCCAGACUUCCUCCCCCUGAAGUGCGACGCCUGCGAGCAGAUCUUCUGCACCGACCACAUCGCGUACGCCCAGCACGACUGCACCUCUGCCUACAAGAAGGAUGUGCAGGUCCCUGUGUGUCCCCUCUGCAACACCCCGGUCCCUGUGAGGCGGGGGCAGAUGCCCGAUGUCGUGGUGGGUGAGCACAUUGACCGUGACUGCAAGUCCGACCCCGCACAGCGCAAGCGCAAGAUAUUCACCAACAAGUGUUUGAAGCCCGGCUGCAAGCAGAAGGAGAUGAUGAAGGUGAUCUGUGACCAGUGCCACAAGAACUACUGCCUCAAGCACCGGCACCCCCUGGACCACGACUGCAGCGGGGCAGGGCGUCCCCUCUCCAAAGCAGGGCACGCUGCAGUUGCAAGAGCCCAGGCGUCCUCCUCCAAAACAGUCACCGCAUCAAGCAGUGGAGCUGCCCGGCCAGCAGACAGCCCCUCUUCUCUGGCCUCUGCCAGAGGAGGCAGAGCAGCUGCCUCGCAGACUGCCAGCACAUCCCCUCCGGCUGUCAUGCUGCAGAAUGGGCUGAGCGAGGAAGAGGCACUGCAGCGAGCUCUGGAGAUGUCCCUGGCAGAGUCAGCACGCAGCUCAGCACAUCCACCCAGCAGCACGCAGGAGGAGGAGGAUUUGGCACUGGCCCAGGCGCUGUCAGCGAGCGAAGCCGAGUACCAGCAGUCGCAGCGGCAGGCGCACGGUUCAAAGCCAUCAAACUGCAGCAUGUCAUAGGCAGGCGGGGCAGGGUGUGCCAGUGGACGUGGGAUCCUGCUAGUGACCUGAGGAGCAGCUCUGGCCUCCCACGUGGAUGCCGUGGGGUUCUGGCCUGGACACUGAUGACAAGAGCCCCUCUCCAGGGACAGCUCUUCUCCCUGGGGGCUGUAGGUGAGCCACCAAACACACACUGACACCUCAACCCUAGUACCUGUAUAAAGUCGGUGCAGCAAAUUGCUGAUGCUCCUGGAGAGGUGAAGACGGUGUGGGACGAGGCUGAGCACACACUGACCAAAGCAAGCAGCACCCCACAGUGUGCACUUAGCCACAGCUGCCGUGGCCAUGUCCCAGCACUGCGGGGACUGUGGGGUAAGGGCAGAGCCAGCCUGGAGGGGAAGUGCUGUGUGGGGACAUCUCUGCGCGCUCGGAUGCACAGCUGGGAUGCGGCUGCCUGCUCCAGUAGCCGGGGGCUGGAUUUCAUGCUCUGGGAAGGGCCGUGCCAGCCCCUCAGAAAAGAGCAACGGUGGCUGGGACGGUCUCUUACACAGGUAUGGCACGGCUGAGUAUGCGGCCUCCCGGCAGUGUGAAGGCAGCCCCUUCCCAACUCCCCAUGCCCUCAGUGCCUCCCCUGCUGUUUGCAUGCACAAGCGCACGUUGGGCCUUAUCCGACUUGGCUGGGGCCCAGGACCCCUCUGAGACUGAAUGGAGCUGUGUUUCCUUUCUGGUUUAAUUUAACAAAGGCCAUUAACUGAAAAGUAACCUCAGCAGUGACUUGACUGUGCCAGCGUCGCUCGCGCGGGAGGACUGCAGCUGCCUUCCUGCUGCUGGCUGCUCCUCUGCUGCCCUAAAUAUCCCAGAGCCCUGUUUUAAUGCUGCUGGGGCAGGAACGCCUCCCUCCUUCCAGCCGUGCUGCAGGGCAUCCCCUCCUGCUGCCCUGAGGAGCAGCAGCAGAGAACCCCUUCUUGCAAACACAGCCCUGAGCCUGGAGCCAGCCCUUCCUUGCUGGUGUUUGGAGGCAGGAGGUGAUGCCUGGGUCGCGGGGGACUUGUCCUGCUGGCCUCUUGCAGGGGGGUCUGCAGCUGGGCAGAGUGGUGCUGCUUUCCCACCUGCUCUCUCAAGCUUCCCUGCUGGAACCGCUCCUGCCUGCGGGGCUGUGCCUGGUUCUGCACAGGGCUGAGCCGUCCCAUUCCGAGCAGCGUACAGCUGGGGUGGGGGGGGUAAUCUGCUGGCGGUGCCUCCCUGGGGCGGGAAGUGGGUUCAGUCUGGGCUGAGGGAAUGCUGAGACUUGUCAAAGUGCUGCUUGGUAGAAAAUAAAAGCAUAGCACA